UAAUUCCUCCCAGUGAUGCCAGCACAAAGCUUGCACUUCUUUCUCUCUUACUGUAUUUCCCUUCAGGUGAUAUUUUUUGCCCAUAAAAGUUAGAUUUCUUUGCUUGCCCUUUUGAAUGCUCUGCUGGAAUUGGUCCACGAGUGCUUGUUAUGGACACAAUAGAACUGUAAUUAACCGAUUUGUUCCACGCAGCCUGAAAUGAUAUAUAUACCCUCAUCCUAACUGCCAGUGCCAUUCAGUUUCCUUUUUAACUCCUUUCAAGGUUUCUGUUUCCUACUUUUAUCUGGAUUCUUAAAGUUGCAGCGUUCUCCAAAAUCGGAUUGGCCCAUGGGAAGACUACAAUGUGUAUAUCUAUCUCCUGCCAUAAUGGACUUUAAUUGAUAAUCCCGUUUUAUUUGCUUCCAGAGACAGUAAUGUACCUGACAAAUAUCUUCUGCAAUAAGGAGCCAGCUGACGGCACCAGCAAGCCGAGCAAAAUGGAUAUCAGCCGACUGGAGGAGCAGUAUCACUGUAUUAAGCAGAAGCAGAAGCAGCAGACCCACAUCAUUGUGUUUAAAGCAGGUGAAAGUGAACUAAUUUCGGGGGAACCCGUGCUAAACACAGUUGCGGUCAAUGAAGUGGUCAGAAAACAAAAGUCCUUUGAGGAGCAGACCCCAGUGAAAGACGUAAUGCUGGAAGUGCCGGAUAAGAGUUACCUGAAAGAGAGCGACGGCUCAUGGCAUGCACACAUCAACAUUCACCGCAUGGGGCAGCUGGACUGCCAGUUUGGGAUAGAAAACGGCAGAGCUGUGAAUGCCAUUAAAUUUGAAAAUAAAAGACCGCCAUUUAAUCGUAUGGUGAGCUGUGACACGGUGGCCAAUAAUCAUAAAGAGCACCGCUCCCUGGAGAGAGACGGUCGUAGCUCUUCUGUGGACAGUCCACAUGGCAGCUCUUACAACAAACUGCAACACACAAUCCCAGCAUCCUGGGCAAGCUUAAAGCUUUCUUCUCCCUCUGAUAAAAUUACCUACUAUCCAUUCCCCCAGAAGAAACACCCACGGAUAUCGGAAACAGCCAGAAAGCUUGGCUUAUAUGUAACGCAUUAAAGCUAAUAUUUGCACUGGCAACCAGAAGGUUAAUGUGACCUACGUGCCUGCCCCACCUUUUCAUUGGGCAUAAAGAAAUGACUUUGUUUUAAAGGGGAAUUAAAGUAUAAAA